AUGGUGCAGACCAUUGUCUCCCAACGAACCCCUCCGCGUGCGGCGAGGCCCUCGCAGCAACAGGAGGCCCUCGCCCGGACCCACGCACCACCCCUAGAACUUCCGGGCUCACCUCGAAACCCCACAACCCGACCGGGGAGCACGGAAGCCGAGGGCACGGUGAGCCGCCCCGAGCCCGAGGCCCCGACUGCUGACUCGACGAACGCCCUACGGGCCCAACUGCGCCUCGUCAGUCAAAGGUUGGACGAGGUACAACAGGAGGUUCGCAAGUCAAAAGGAGAACUCGGGACGGACGGUCACCAAGGAUCUCCGUUCACCCCCGAAAUACAAGAUCAGGCGAUCCCGCCGCACUUCCGCCUCCCUGCCCUGGACGCGUAUGACGGCGCAACCGACCCCGCGGACCAUGUGGCCGCUUUCCGGGCCCAGAUGGCGCUAUUCGGGACUUCAGACGCCCUGAUAUGCCGGGCGUUCCCGACGACCUUGCGAGGGCCAGCCCGCGCGUGGUAUUGCACCCUGAAGCCAGGGACCAUCGCCUCCUUCGACCAGCUCGCCAAGGAUUUCGAGCUUAACUUCCUAGCGUACUCCCGACCAAAACCAUCCAUGGCGUUGCUCUUGGGGCUCAACCAGAAGGAGGAUGAGCCCCUUUCUCACUUUGUGAACCGGUUUACGACGCAGAUCCGUGGAUUAUCGGAUGCUCACCCCUCUCUCUUGAUGCAGGCCUUCAUGACCGGCCUGCGGCCCUCCAGGUUCUUCUGGUCCCUCGUGGAAAGGCCCCCCGUCGCGGUCCCUGAGAUGCUCCAACGGGCCAGCCAGUUCAUCGUCGCAGAAACCUGGAUGUGUUACGAGCUAAAAAGACAAAUUGAGGAGCUCAUCCUCAGAGGCCAUCUCGGCCAAUACCUUCAGCCGAGCAAAGAGCAGUCUCCUCGUCUGGAGGGCCCGGUUGAGCGACACAUCGAUGUCAUAGCCGGGGGCCCCGCAUCCGGAGGAAGUUCUAUGUCGGGCAGGAAGGCAUAUGCUUGGACCGCCCCCGACGAAGCCUCGAGGCAUGAGCCUGAACUCGAGAUCACCUUCCCAACCGGAGCCGCCGAGCGACCCCACCACUGCUAG